GUACAAUUUGAUCGGGCACACCAGCCUUGAGCAAGCUCUCUCUCCACUUUCCGUACACAUCUGAGGAGCAUCUGAGUCUAAGCAUACCCAGGGAGCCAGCGUGGACAUCAGGCAGGGCACCAUUCGCUCUUAACCACCGUCUUUCAAUCUCGCUGGCAGAUUCGCCGCCCCACCAAAGAUAUGAUCAAUGCUGUCUUGGUGUUCAAUAAUAAUGGGCAACCACGUUUGACCAAAUUCUACACGCAGCUUGAUACUGCCGUGCAGCAACGCCUGAUCUCAGAGAUCUUCACCCUCGUCUCAGCCCGCUCGGCGAGCAGCUGCAACUUCUUGCCGCUCCCGCCGCUGCUCGCGGGCCCAACAGCUUCGGCCGCCACAGCGUCCCAAGAGCACAACGAUGCGCCGUCCCUCGUGACCUACCGACAUUAUGCCACACUUUACUUCAUUGUCAUCUCCACGUCGACCGAGUCUCCACUGGCCUUGCUCGAUCUCAUCCAAGUCUUCGUCGAAGCUCUCGAUCGCUUGUUCGAGAAUGUGUGCGAAUUAGACUUGAUCUUCAACUUCGAGACAUUACACGCGGUUCUGGGGGAGAUGAUAGUAGGUGGGGUGGUGGUAGAGACGUCGCUGGAAAAGGUGGUGCAGGGUGUCAAGGCACAAGGUCGAGUCGCGAAGCGGCCUGUGAAUGAGGGCAGACCGGGCAUAGGCCAGGGCAUUUGGGCGGGAAGGUGA